GCGUUGCAGAGCCCCAAUCAGGUGCCAUUACACCCGGUGUUUGAGAACACCAUUGGCUGGUGGGGAAAGGAGCUGUGCGCAAAACCAACCCCGCUGCUCCCACUCGCCUUACAGAAGCCGAGCUGAGAACAUCAUCCGCUUUGAGCGCUUAGGCGCAGUGAUUACAUCCUAACAGAGAGAGAGAGAUAGGGAAAGUCAUGUUUUUCGUCAGUUUCUAAUCAGGAGUUAAAUUUGUGAAGGUUUCAGCAGUGCGCGUAAAGGACUUUUCGCUUUUUCUUCACUGAUCCUGUGGAAUAUGUGUUUAUUAGACCUGAAGUAAAGACGAGGCGCAGAGAGUGUUGGCUAUGCGUCCUGGCUCCAGCCUGCAAUGUUUGCGCUGACGCCAAAACUCACAGACCGGUGCUGAAUUGAUUAAAACUGAGAAGCUCGGAUCAAAUGGCUGUGCUUCUCACGACUGAAACGACACAAUGUUCUACUGACCCGAGGCAAAGGAGAGAAAUUUCACAACCGGACAGCCCUGUUGCUGUUUGUUUCACUGCCUUUUUGCGGAGAGAGGAAACUGGAAAUGCUCACCGCUUGUAAGAAAAAGGAAUAACACUUUUUAUCUUAAAGUGCAAUUUGUGAAUGGGUGAAAAGAUGAUUUGCUUUUUAUUCCUGCUCUUCAUCCUGGAUGGAGCUGUCUCUCAGCUGCACUACUCUGUGCCAGAGGAACAGGAGACUGGCUCUGUGGUUGGGAAUAUUGCAGAGGAUUUGGGGCUGGACAUAACCAAACUUUCCGCUCGCCGCUUUCAGACAGUGCCCAGUUCAAGAACACCUUAUCUGGAGGUGAACUUAGAAAACGGUGCGCUUGUCGUUAAGGAGAAAAUUGACCGGGAAGAAAUCUGUAAGCAGACCAUCCCGUGCCUACUGCACCUGGAGGUGUUUCUGGAGAACCCGCUGGAGCUUUUUCGCGUGGAGAUCGAAGUGAUGGAUAUCAACGACAAUCCGCCCAGCUUUCCCGAGACAGACAUUUCCGUGGAAAUAUCGGAGAGCGCGAUCCCCGGGACCCGUUUCCCGGUGGAAAACGCCUUCGACCCUGAUGUGGGCACAAAUGCGCUCAGCACAUACGCCAUAACGAACAAUAACUAUUUCUACCUGGACGUGCAGACACAGAGUGAUGGGAACAAGUUCGCUGAACUGGUGCUUGAAAAGUCGCUGGACAGGGAGCAGCAGGCAGUCCACCGCUAUGUGCUGACGGCUGUGGACGGGGGCAUCCCGCAGCGCACGGGGACGGCUCUUUUGGUCGUUAAAGUUCUGGACUCUAAUGAUAACGCGCCCACCUUUGACCAGACUGUCUACUCUGUCAACCUGCGGGAAAACUCCCCUGUUGGCACUUUGGUCAUACAGCUCAACGCCACUGAUGUCGACGAGGGUCAAAACGGGGAAAUAGUUUAUUCUUUCAGCAGUCAUAACGCCCCGCGGAUAAAGGACUUAUUCAAUAUUGAUGCAAGAACAGGAAGGAUAGAGGUCGCGGGUGAGGUGGACUUUGAAGAGAGUAGCACGCAUCAGAUUUAUGUCCAGGCAAAAGAUCUUGGGGCUAAUGCAGUCCCUGCUCACUGCAAAGUGCUGGUCAAACUCGUGGACGUGAACGACAACACACCGGAGAUCGGUUUCAGCACGGUGACUGAAUCCGUGAGCGAGCAGGACGCCCCGGGCACCGUGAUCGCACUUUUUAGCGUCUCAGACCGGGACUCUGGUGAAAACGGACACAUGACCUGUGAAAUAUUGGGAGAUGUUCCUUUCAAGCUGAAAUCAUCCUUCAAAAACUACUACACCAUUGUGACUGACGGACCGUUAGACAGAGAAAACACAGACUCUUACACUAUCACUGUGGUGGCCAAAGACAAGGGUCAGCCCUCACUCGCUACCAGCAAGUCCAUUAAAGUGCAUGUCUCCGACGAGAACGACAAUGCGCCCCGUUUUACGCAGGCUGUUUAUGAUGUGUAUGUGACUGAGAAUAAUGUGCCUGGUGCUUUUAUCCACGCCGUGAGCGCUUUGGACCCUGAUAUAGGACAGAACGCUCUCAUAACUUACUCCAUAUUGGAGUGUGACAUACAAGGCAUGUCAGUGGACACCUAUGUGUCCAUAAACCAGGACACCGGCUACCUUUACGCGCUGCGCUCUUUUGAUUAUGAGCAGCUGAAAGAGUUCAGCUUUAUGGUCCAGGCUAAAGACUCCGGAGCGGCUGAGCUUUUCUCGAAUGCCACAGUAAAUGUGAUCAUCGUGGACCAAAAUGACAACGCUCCCACUGUCAUCGCCCCGAUCGGUAAAAAUGGCACAGCAAAAGAACACCUGCCGCGCUCUGCGGAGCCUGGCUACCUGGUGACGCGCAUUGUGGCCAUGGAUGCGGAUGAUGGCGAGAAUGCACGGCUGUCAUACAGCAUCCUGCGGGGCAACGAGAUGGGGAUGUUCCGCAUGGAUUGGAGGACAGGGGAGUUGAGGACAGCUCGCAGGAUCUCUCCUAAGCGGGACCCGCAGGGCUACUACGACCUGCUGAUCGAAGUGAGGGACCACGGGCAGCCCCCCCUCUCCUCCUCAGCCAGUGUGAGUGUAAUUUUAGUGGACAGUGUGGUCGAAGGCCGCAGCGGGGAUCGCGGGUCGGCCUCCAGGGCAAAGGAAACCUCCCUGGACCUCACCCUUAUCCUCAUCAUCGCUCUGGGUUCCGUGUCCUUCAUCUUCCUCCUAGCUAUGAUCGUGCUGGCCGUGCGCUGCCAAAAGGACAAGAAACUUAACCUUUACACGUGCCUUUUGGCCGGCGACUGCUGUCUGUGCUGCGGCUCCUGCUGUAGCAGAGGGGCUCGAGGCCGGAAACAGAAAAAGCUGAGUAAAUCAGACAUAAUGUUAGUUCAAAGCACCAACGUCACGUCAGGGGUCGGCCCGGUAGGGCAGGUGCCUGUGGAGGAGUCUGGUGUGGGCAGCGUCGGUGGGGGCUUCGGCUCUCACCAUCACCAGAACCAGAACUCCUACUGCUACCAGGUGUGUUUGACACCGGAGUCCGCAAAAACGGAUCUCAUGUUCCUCAAACCAUGCAGCCCCUCCCGCAGCACUGACACGGAUCACACGAACCCCUGCGGCGCCAUAGUCACAGGUUACAGUGACCAACAACCGGACAUCAUAUCCAAUGGCAGCAUCCUGUCCAAUGAGGUAAGGGAAGUCUGAAUCAUGCCGCUACGGGCUACACUUAACCUCCUGUCGGAUCUAUUAUAAGUGUAACAAAGCUCGAGUCCAAGGUUGACCUCAUUUUCAAGAUCCUUCCGAGAUCUAGUAUGAUUUAUGAAAAGGCCACGCGCAGCACAAUGUCCCCACGACGAAGUUGUAUCUGCAGGUUCAUACGCACAGCGUGCGUCAUGGGUAAUGUCAAUACUUCAAAUGUUAAAUUUCAUGUGGUCUCGUCAGUUUUCUGCUGUCUAAUCGACCUUUAUGAGGUGAGCCGAGCGUGACAGGAGAGUUUUCUGUCACAUUAAGUCUGAAGCCACCUUUUUUUAUAUUCAGUUUUUUAUUUUAUUUUAUUUUUUAUCCAAAGAUUUACAUUGGAGUUUAAUCCACUUAUUAGAUGAUUUGGAAGAUGCGGCUCCAAUCAUCUUGAGCCCAAAAUUUUGAUAAUUCUAAAGACAGUAAGUGCAAUAAAUGCGUGCCUUCAUUCACCUGUAACCCAGAAGGAGAGCAUUUAUGUGCUUGCGAGACCAUCUGGUCACAUCAACAGGCGUGAUUGUUUGCCCUCCUUAAGCCUGUUUUGGUUGAUGUAAUAAAAUAAUGCAGUAAAGGAUGGGUGGAUGCGAGUGGGUUGACAGCCCUGUUGUCUGUGCAGCAGUGGGCUCUGCUCGGGGAAGCUCAGAGUUGGGGCUUUUUGUUGAUUGCGGUGUGUCUGGAGUGGAGCCAGAUAGCCAGUCAUAGCCUUGCUUUUCCUGUGCGUUAAAUAUUCUGUGCACGACCCAGCAUAGCAGCACCAUGAACAAAGGUUGUUCAGUUUCAGCAUCGGGCGGCUCAAUCAUUUACGCAUUCAAUUGCCGCCCUAACCCACUCUCCCUGGCUCUCUUCUCCUCUCGCCCACUUACUCACAGUGUGGCUGCGCACACUGUCAGCACAACACCUUGUGUUACCACAGUUUUAUCUAAUAUGUUUACCACUCUAUAUAUCUGUUGUCAGUGAAUGUCAUCUCAUCCUAAGUCUUGUAUUGAGCAUGUAAUGAUGUCCUUAUGUAUUGUAUUGAAAUAUGUGUUUAUGUAUCUUUCAGACAAAACACCAACGCGCAGAACUCAGCUAUCUGGUGGAUAGACCCAGACGUGUCAACAGGUAGGCCCAGUAAAGUGCACACACACAUUCACACACACACAUCCGCAGACACACACCUUAUUAUUUCUAAUGUGCAAAACACAGUGAGCCACAGACCAUUCACUACCAGAAGACCUGUAACAUUCAAUAGGCCCCAUGGAGCCACAGCCCAUUCACAUAUCAAUAAAAAAGCAUAUCACACCCAUCAGAGUGAAUCCUGUAUAUUCUGCUGCGUUAAUUGUGGCUUUGAGAGGCGACAUGGGUCCCAAUGUAACCAUAACGUUCAUCUUCAAUUUGGCAUCAGUCCCAUAACUGACAGACCAGUGACCAUUAAAGCUCUAAUGCUGGAUUUCAUUACAUGCCAUGUGUAACAUCCAAUUUAGAGUCUUGAUGGCCGCAGUCACUGUGUUCAAGUGGGGGAUGAUUUCUGAUUCUCCCCCUUUUUCUCUCCGCCUCUCAUUUAAUCCUCCUCUCCCUUCAUCAUCAUCUCUUGGCCGAUAUUGUACCCCUCCUCUGCCCCUGCCUUGUUUUCAUGCAUCUCUCUCCCUCUGUACCCCCUCCCCUCACUCGUCUAUCGUUUGCAGUUCGGCAUUCCAAGAGGCAGACAUCGUCAGCUCCAAAGACAGUGGUCAUGGCGACAGCGAACAGGGCGACAGUGAUCACGAUGCCACUAACCGGGGUCACUCGGCUGGUGAGUUACUCCCAUGUCAUUUUAUUACACCAUCAUUUUAGUCCUCACACAACUGAGCCCCCCUGCUCUGUUUCCAUAGUGUGAGUCUUUUGCAAUUGUGAAUGGUAUAGUGCUGGAUUGGUGGUGCGGAUCGGUGACUUUUAAUUUCCUUAAUUUGAGAGUGUGCGAAGGCUUGGGCUCCGGUGUUGCUGGUUGGCUGGCUUGAACGAACAGGCCCCGGAGGUGUUGAUUGUAUUUCACACCCCGGUGAAAAAGAGCAAAAUUUGGGAAAUCUUUUCCCCCUUGCCCUCUCUCUGCUCCUGGCUGUUGCUGUCUCCCUCCUCCUAUCUCUCCGCUCCUGGCUGUCCAGCCCCCUCUCUAACCCUGCUGCUGCCCCCUCCCACUGCUGUUUCCCCCUUCUCUCUCCAACCCUGCUGCUGUCUCCCUUCUCUCUCUCUCUCUCUCUCUCUUUCUCUCUCUCUCUCUCUAACCCUGCUGAGGUCUCCUCUCUCUCUCUCUCUCUCUAACCCUGCUGCUGUCUCCCCUCUCUCUCCUCUCUAACAUGUCUCCCCUCUCUCCUCUCUCAUCCUGCUCCUGUCUGCCCCCUCUCUCCUCUCUAACAUGUCUCCCCUCUCGCUCUCUCUCUCCAACCCUGCUGUCUCCCCUCUCUGUCUCUCUAACCCUGCUGAUGUCUCCCCUCUCGCUCUCUCUCUCUCUAACCCUGCUGCCGUCUCCCCCCUCUUUCUCUAACCCUGCUGCCGUCUCUCCCCUCUCUCCCUCUUUAACCCUGCUGCCGUCUCCCCCCUCUUUCUCUAACCCUGCUGUCGUCUCCCCCCUCUUUCUCUAACCCUGCUGCCGUCUCCCCCCUCUCUCUCUAACCCUGCUGCUGUCUCCCCCCUCUCUCUCUAACCCUGCUGCCGUCUCCCCCUUCUCUCUCUCUAACCCUGCUGCCGUCUCCCCUCUCUCUCUCUCUAACCCUGCUGCCGUCUCCCCUCUCUCUCUCUAACCCUGCUGCCGUCUCCCCCGAGUGGUGCUGAAAGGACAGCGACUUGUAACACAGCAGUGUGGGGCCUGCACUCCCCCAGUGCUACAAAUCAAUGGGUUAAAACAGUGAAAAGAAAAGGCAUAAAGGCUAGAUUGAUAUAUUCAGAUGCAUUUCAAUGAAACCUGGCAGCUGCAUAUUGAACUGUUCUUCUUUGGUGAUUGACUCAGCUGAUCAGGCUCAUUAGAGACCUUUCUAUUCUUUGAUAUCGUAAGCUUAUAGCCUUUUUUAGCUGUGACAUGAGUUCAGGCAAAAAUAAGCAGCUGAAAAUAAAACGCUUCCCUCAGCCCCUCUGUUCAGUUCCUUUUCCCUGGCUCUCCUUCACACUCAUUCACACUGAACAAUCGCAGUAGUUUUUCAUACAAGGCUUCGGGUCCUAUCAUGAGCCCUCACCACGCCCUUGUUUCCCCUAAAUUCUAUUAGGUUAGUACCUGUUUAUUGAUCAAAUUGGAGUCAGACAAAAGAAUAGAGCAAUACAAAAUCUCAUUUCAUAUUGAAUUGCCCUUUUCUUCUGAGGGAUUGUUGUUCUGGGCUGGUGUAAGACCCCUGUCUAGGCCGGAGCCUGCCAAAUAUCAUAUCAGUGCUGGGAAUACAAAUAGAGCAGAUUAAUAGGUGUUGUAGGAUGGUGAAUGGUCUUCAUCAGGCUCCACUGUGUUUGACAUCAUUAAUGAACAAAGCCCAAAUUGAGAGCCUGUAUGCAGAAGCGGUAGUGUCACUUCCUGCCCUCACUGAUGAGACUGACUUAGAAGGUCAGAGGAUGUGAGAGUAAAAUGCAAAAUUGGAAGGAAUCAAAAGAUUUACUCCUCAGCUCCUCAAGAAUUUGCAAAGUGAAUAUUUGUGCUGACGUGGGAACAUGCUUACUGACUCGGCCACUUUACUUUAAAACGUGAUCCGGAACAAUCUGGAGAAGCACAGCGACAGACUGUUUUUGUCUUUUUUUUACCUUUUUGCAGCGGUACUCUAAAGGAAUAUAGAUGCGUAAAUGACGUGAUGUGCAUUCAAACCUGCACAUCUCGCAGGAAGCUCUGGUCUUAAAAGUCAUCAGCUGUAAGUGGGGUGGCUGUUGCUUGGUGGUAUAGUAAGUAGUCUCUAAGAAGGUCCUGCUGUCCACAUGCUGUAGCGCCCUGGGGCAAGACACUUGGACCCCAAAGCGCCAGCAGUGUGCGAAUGGAUUUGGUCAAGCCUGAUGGGUGUUUCUCAGAGCAGCCUCUGCCAUCCGUGUGUGAAUGUGGUGUGAAUGGGUUGGCGUGAUAAUGCUCUGAGUGGUCAGAAGACGUAAGGCUGGAGGGAAUCAUCUUUGGGGCCAAGGAGGCUCACCAGUUGUUGAUUUAUGAAGUCUUCAGCUUGAUUCUGCAUUAUUUUGACAUUGUUACAAGGCGCACCGAAAAGCAGCCAAGUCGCAAAGUGUUCCAGGGUUUAAAGUCUAUUUACCAUACGCUCUUACCUGCGCUGUGUGUUUUUGGUUGUAUUUUUAUGUAGUACUGUAGGCCUGGUAAAUAUCUUUUUACUUGUGACAGCAGCACAUUCAGUGACCAAUAACAGGUUGGCUCUGCUUCGUUUGGCACCGAACAUGCUCAUUUGGCACUGGCAUGGACGUGUUCCCAGUUGGUGCUGUACUUUGUAUUUCAUAUGUGGAAACCAACAUUUGUUCCUCAUGUUGGAUUUAUAAGGGAACAGCUUACCACUCCAUGGGAGGUCAUAUCAUACGGCUGCUUAUUUGGAAAGAGGGAUACUUGAGUUUCAUAGCCUUCUUGAAACAACAAAACCAGACAGAAUGUGUGUGUGUGUGCGUCUGUGUGUAAAGGGGGGAGAGGGGGGUGUAGGUGUGAGUGGGUGUACAGGUGUACCGUUGUCUGAUUCAAUAUGUAGGUGUUUGUGCCUAUAUGUGAUCUGCUUGUGUGUGUGUGUGUGUGUUUUGUGUGGGAGAAAGCGAGGAGAGGUGAUGAUGUCUGUAUUGAAAAGGAGUUUUCCUCGGAGACGUUGCUCUGGGAAGCUUAAAUGAGAUUCUGUUUGAGAAGAGAGAGAGUGGAAGCUACUGCUUGGCCCUGUUCCAGGUAUAUUGCCUCUAUAUAGGCUUAUCCGCUGCUCAUUUGUCUCCUUCUACGUAUAUGAGAGACUUAUUUUACUGAAUAAAUAUUCUGUCGAAGGACAAGAGAACUGUUAGUUCCUUGAGUGGGUUGAAUACUAUGUUUGUCUGUGUUAUUUUGUACCCCUGCCUGUUGGUGUUACAUGCAGAGAGCAUGUCCUUUAGCUUUGCAACAGAGGGCUGAGCUUAUCCUAUGUAUGGACCACAUGUUUAGGGUAUUUGCAUUCUUCAUAUCACAUGUAUAUUUCCUUCCUCGGGUAUGCAGCAGGGUCUCAUCCUUCAUUCUGUGCCCCCCCCCCCCCCCCCCACACACACACACAUUGGCUCCCUGCAACACUUGGCUGAUCAGUAAUUCUUUUCUUGAACCUUUACAUAGCAAUUAUCAAAGGAGGGUUAGAGGCAAGGUUUCCUCACGAGACCGCGCCAGGCAUAUUCUCCCUUUUGGUUCGACUUGGAAUAUUUCAAAUCAAGGGAAAACCAUUUCCACUUGGCAUAUCAUCAACUACACCUGCCGUAGCUUCCCGCUCGGCCGCUCGUCUGACACUUUAGAAAAUAAGUCUCCUGUCGUGGUUUUAAAUCAAAGGGACACUGUCUGUGAGGCUGGGAUAUCAGCAAGUACCUUUCAAAAGUAGGAAAAUGGCUUCUGUGAGAGCAGGAUGUCUGAAGCUUGGCACUGCUGUGCACUAGUGAUAGACUAUCACAUCUUUGAUCACCUCACAACCCUUUUCUGACCCCAGUUUUUCCUUUGGAUUUCAGAUUUGACAUUAUUUUCCUCAUGAUAGCUCCUCUUACAUUACAAGCAUAAGGAAACCUAAAUAAGAUGAAAAAUAAGAGGAGAUGAAAUAUCCUGGAGUAGGAAAAUGCAGCAACCUUCGAUCAGCUGUUGAGGGCUGUGUGACGGGCAGGAGACGGGAAAUCAUCAUUAUCAUGACGUUUGUUUUGGUGAGAACAACAGCCGUGACAAAUGGGACAAUUAAAUCACUUUGGCAACGGUGUAUUAGAUGGCUGAUUAUGAAUUAGUGGCGGGCACCGUGUUGCAGUUUCCCAUGUCAGUGAGCUGUCAGAGGAAUUUAGCACACCGAGUUUUGAAACGCCCUCCUCUCAGGCCCUGAAUCUGACAAAACAGGAUGCUGUGACCCCUGACUCUGUGAUCCAUGAAACUAAAACAAAUGUCCUGUUUAUUUCAAAAGCUCACAGAAUCAAAAAUAGAGCCGAGACCUUGCUCUUAAGUGAAGGAGAUCUCAGAAGAUCUCAAAGGUAAGAAAAUAUUAUCACGCUCAGUUUGCCAUUUUGACAUCGAUUUUUCUGGUGGUAAUUUCCUUGAUGAUUUCUGCAGCAAUUAUACACCAAAUACUUCAAAAUCCUUCACAGACUGUGUGAAGGAUAUUUUAAGUGGUGUCUAAUUUUUUUGUGUCUAAAUCCUUGAAAUUUGUAACACUGAAAUACUGAGAUUUCUCACCUUAAAAUAUGACAAAGCAGCUGAGUAAAGACACUGGCAAAUGUACAGCCUGGGUGACAAUGUACUGAGAGUAAAGGUUCACACUCCAGCCUUUAGAAUCCAUUAGCAGACCUGACUGGCCUGUUGAAUGUCAAUAAAGUCAAUGAACGCAGUGAAAGGAAAGGAUCAGUGGCGUUGAUUAACUAAUUAAGUGGACGAUUUCUGUUCCUGCAAAGUGUCUCUUAUCUCAAACUGGGCCUGUAAAAUAAAAUCUCUAUUUCACAUGACAUUUCUACAGCAUUGUGAAUCUUGAUAGGGGGAAUUGAAUUCAACGUAGUGGGCCCUGUUUUGAUAUAAAUCAAAACGACAAUAAGAGCACGAAGCAUAAUGAUUACCAAUACUUGCACAUUCUGUUGAGUGCCUUGAUGAAUGUGUUCUUGUUGUGAAUAGGCAGGGCUCUUUGAAUGAGCUGAAUAGCACAUCAAGUUUUCCUAACCCUGAAAUCUAUUAAAAAAAGAGAGGACACAAGUUUUAUUCAUUUUCAGUGCUAGUAGUUAUGAAUAUGCCUCAUAUCUGCUGAAAAUAUGAGAUCAAAAAGUGAAGAUGUUUUCUCAUUCGUGCCUUGGGCGUUUAUAACUAAGGUUAACCGUACAGCAGUAAGACUGCUGGAAAUCCCAGCUAAGUCCUGAGAGUCAUAAACAUGCUUGAGCUGCACACAUAUCAUCCUUUCAGCCCAGAGAUUUAAAUCAGUGAACAUCUGCUCCAGUCAGGCUGCAGUGCAUACUCCCUUCAAAGACACAAAUGUAAUACAUGGAUAUGUACUGGUGGAUCUGAAGGGAUGUUUUUAUGUUUCUUAAUCUGAUUAACUCUGUUUGUUAAAAAGUAAAAAGCACGAACCAGGUCAAAUGACUACUGUGCACAUGUAUAAGUACAAAUAAUCUUGCAUUGUUGCAAUAGAAGCAUUCUUGUAAUUCUUAACAAACUGUGACACAACGAGGGAUGGGGAUCAAUAAUCAGGUCCAUUAAAUACCAGAUGAAGCAUUUGUCAAAACCCAAAAAUCAAUAAUGGUUGAGCUUAUGGAGUCUGCUGUCUGGUCUUGGCGUGUGAAGAAACGUUAUACCCAGAGUUUAGUCAUGUCAAGUUCAUUAAGGCCCUGUUUAUACGUACCUGUUUUUUUAAUUUAUUUUUUAAACAGAGACAUUAACCAUCGUUUGCACCCUUCGUUUAGACGCAAACGGAGAAUUCGCCCCUGAAAACGAUGCUUUUAAAAAACUCUGGACAAGGUAGGAAUUUUGGAAAACUCAGUUUGCAUACGGAGAAAAACAGAGCUUGGGGUAGCUGACGGCAGAUUGUGCGCUGGAAGGAAGGAAGUGACUUUAUUGUUGUUGCUAUGUGGGAUUCUGGUUGGCUAACGUGGGCUUAAGCUUCUCGCUACACUGUCGCCCACAUGUUUGAUAUGCUCUUGACGGCAUAUGUAUAUAUAUAUAUACACGGGAUAGUGUAAACGAAAACUUUUCUGAAAACGUAGUGGUGUGCACGCAGUUCUUUUUUUUUUGAAAACGGAGAGAGUGAAAUGUCCGUUUAUGAAAAUAUCCAGGCAUGUGUAAACGUAGUCUUAAUCAAUGGUGCAUGCGCAGACGGUCUAAGUGUUUGAGCAGCAAACAGCUAUAAAAUUAUGUAAGGAAGAAUUACGACGAUGGCUGAAUGUGCAAAGAGGUCCAGAGUGUGGCCCUGUGUUACAUAAGCUAAAGAUAGAAAUGAAGCAAAGUGCAGUUGCAAAAUGAAGACAACCUCCAUCACCAAACACACCAGCAUUGUGUUCCAAAUCAAGUCAAAAUGCAAAACCUUGAAAAAACUCCAUAUGCUGCUGUAGGGCUGCACUCUCCUCUUCCCCCAGAGCAGCUAAAGAUAGCACAGCUAGACUAUAGAUCAAGUCCUGAAUCAAGAUCUAGUUUUAAAAUCCAUGUUAAAAUCAGCAGGAUAAAACGUAUUCAGCUAGCUAAUAAAGGUGACAAAGUUUGCAUCAUGAGGUGUUCAGGGUGGGGUCAGUAAAAAGAGAAUUAGGUGACAGUUAAGUUGGUGAUGUGUUCAAAUGUCACAUUCAGAAAAGUAGCUUUUGGUGAAAAUAGACAAUAAAAUAAAAGAGUUGAUAAUGGUAUCAUAAGGACUCUGAUCACGAAGGAGGUAUCAGUAUUAAUAAGUAUUGAUCAUCUCCAUUCCUAGCCACAACGUUGGUUGGAGUGUGUGGGUAGAAACAUAAUUGAAACCCUGCAGAUUUUAGUGCAGUUUCUGCUUUGUAAAAUAAAAAUACUCACCAUCUCUAGUGUACCCAGCAGGAGUUCUAGUCUACACGCAGGGAUUUUCUUCUUCUGCUCCAAAUCCUUGUUGACAGAAAAUUAAAAUUUACUGAACAGUUUGAUCUCAAUGUACCGUUUCCUUUUUCAUCUAGCUAGCUAAUGUGAGCAGAAGUCGUGAGCAGAACUCUACUUUAAGAUAGGAGGAGACAUUAAAUACCAAAUCACUACACUCUGAUAUUCAAGUAUAUGACGAACACGGCCUUGAAAUUGACUUAAAUAAACCCCCUCAUUUCCAGUUUGAAGAAAAUCUGUAAUUUGAUUUGGUUUUCUUGAUCAACUUUGUUAACAUCAUAGUGAGAGACAACAGUGUCACAAUGAUAAGCAGAAAUUUUGGACAAUACUUUAAAAAAUGAGGUGCAGUGUGUGAUCACCUGAAUAUAAAGAUAGUUUUGCUUUUGUUUCCUUAAAACUAGUCUUUUGUGUUCACUCAAAGAGCCGGUCUUCUUGCUUGAAACGCUGUGGCAGGAAUAUGAAGUGAGUGGUUUUUGUAUCAUAGAGAUAUCUACUUGACAAAUGGAGAGUCGUACUUUUCAUGCAUCACAGAAGCCUCUGGUCCUCAAAGGCCUCCAUCGAUUUGCUGAAGGGAGCACAGGACAGUGUUUCAGUGUCUAUCUGGCUGCUAAAUAUCCUCAUUUUUACAUACUGCAUCUUUAAAAACAGCAUGAAUUACACAUAAAUAUUGAAGACAGAAGGUCCCAGUCUGCACAUACUUUGGUCAAGGCUUUAAAUAAAUAAUAAGAUUGAUCAGGAGUGGUCAUCCAGAAACCUUAGUCCAUCAUAUCCAAGAUGUUUUAUCAAUCAAAGUACUCUGAAAGGACAAGGGACUAUCUUGGCUCUUCUGCUCAGUCCAUUUAUAACGUAACAAACAUCAAAAACAGCCGCCGCCUCUCAGAGUCUCUGAACAGUUUCUCUGUGUGGAGUUACUGGAGAUGGCAGAACCAUCCUGUAUUUUUUUUGUGGUCCUGGGAGGUCUCUGGUUUACUCAUCACAGCUUCACUGGCCAACCUGUGCAAGGGAGCUAUGUUACUCCCCUGCUGUCCUAGCUGCUGUCCAAAUAUUGACGUUUUGUGUCUGCAUCCUCUCCAGAGCGCUGGAGGACAAGAUGAAAAACAGAGGUAUGGAGAGAAGACACCUUCCACCUGGGGGAUGAGAAGCUUUCCUUUUUUUUUUAAAGAAUGAAAAAAGGGAUUAAGAGAGGGGAAGAAACAGGCAAAGAGGAUUAAACGUUGAAGAAAAUAACAAGAGACAGGGACACAAAAGGCAUGAAAAAUGCACAGAGGGACUAAUAUAGGCAGAGAGAGAGGUAGACAGACAGACAAAUGAGUAAAGGGUGGGAAUAACUGCAAACCUGAGAGCAGCAGAUAUAUACCCACCGAGUGAUUUCAAACAUGGGGCUCAUGUUUUACAGGGAUUUGUUUUCCUUCAUUUCAGCUCCCUGUUGCUGGAUGUAUGUCAGGCAGCGCAAUUAGUCAAAUCACAGCGACGUGGGAUUUCAGAAACACUCAGAGAUGCCAUGAAAAAAACGAGCGGAGAAAAAUAAUCCAGAGGAGCUGAUUGCUUAUUAGCAAGUAGAUUGUGUUUGCAUUGUGUUGGGUUGUUAUGCCAGUGUGUGUGUAUGUGUGUGUGUGUGUGUGUUCUUCUAUUCUGAUGGGGUCACAAUGAAAGAGAGGACUGCUGGCAGGGACUGUCAUUGCCAGUCACUGUUUCGGUUGUUGUUUUGCUUCCUGCCAGGGGAAGAAAAGGUGCUUCACAGGAAUCAGCAGCCAGCGGGUGUCAUGUGGUGUCAUGGCUUGUCUGCCUGUUUUUCUUACCUACAUUUACAUAUCUCAGCGUUAAGGAAGUAUUUUUACAUGCCUGUGUGUUUGCAAACACAUGUGUUGAUGUUGUUUUUAUGGAGUGUGUGUCGGCAGGCAAAAAUCACUGUGUGUAUAGUUUGGAAGUAAUUGACAAGAGGGUGACUGCUGCUGACUAUAUUUACCUAGCAUAUACCCGGAGUACAAUGCGCUCUUGUUCUGUUUAAUAACAUACCGCAACGUGAGAACCAAAGGACAAACUGAACAUCUCUCUUAAUCCCCUGAUAUUAACUCGGUGUCUUCAUUAGUAUGCUCCGCUGAGUAUCUGCAGGAUUGUUUGCACCUGUGCUUUAGUCGUGGUAUAUUUUUAACCAUAUAUGAUAUCGCUAUCACCGGUGCUGUACUUUUAUGGAAAGCAGAGAAGAGAGGACUCUAAAAAUGACCCGUAUGUUUUAGAAGAGCGAAUUUAGGAAGGUUUGCAAUUAACCGUGAAGCUGGAAUGGACAAAAUCGACAAAAGCAGCACCAUUUGCACAAACGCUGGUUGGUUUGACGGCUGAUUUGGAGGGUACAUGCAUGCAACUGCCUGCGAACGCUGCCCAAAACCUGCCUGAGCAUCCACACACACUCACAAGAGAAGCUUUCCCACAUGGCAUUAUGGGACUUCUCUUUUUGUUCUCCACCAGAUCAUACUGUGUUUUCUUUUAGUACAGAGCUUCCAUUGAACCACAACCCACAUGUGCUCGGUGGUGAUAAAAACAAACAGACCCUUUGGCUGCAAAAGCACCGGUACUGAAUCUUAGGGCCAGGCAGAUGAAACGGGGGUGAACAGACAUUUUUGAAACAUGCUGAAUCAAUAUGUAAAAUAAAAUACCUACAAUUUUAAAAAGGCGCUGUCAAACAUUCUGCAGCUAUUUGCCCUCAAUCCCUCGGUGUUUUUGUGUUCGUGCAAUUUACUCGGAACAGUUUGAAAGCAGGUUAGAGGCUCCAUGUAUCCCACAGGAAAACACAAUUCUGCUGUUAAUCCAAAAAGAAACUCAAUCAAAGUUCAAGCUUUCACGUUUCCAUGUUUCUCUCUCUUUUUUCAUUUUAUGGUUAUUCUUUUUCAUUAUUAAACGCAGAUAGGCUCCAGCCCCAAGUAUCCCUCGUAGACAGAUUAGAGGGUAUAGAAAAUGGCACUUUUAUGAUAGGGUCAAAGUGUGAAACAGCUAAUGUUAGAGAGGAGAUUUUUCAUCUUGCAUGCUUUAAUCAAAUUUGCCUCCCUCUCUGCCUACCUCUGUGUAACCCCUCUCUCGUCUCCAUCUGUGAAGGCCGGGUCUCCCACUGUCUCUUCUGGCUAUUGCUAUUUCCAUCUGUGAUUGCCCAGGUCUCCCCUCUCCCUCCUUAUGGUUCCUGCAGUCUUACUGCUUCUCCUGCCUGCUGUCUCUGUCUGUGAAAUCUGUGACUCCCCCGUCUGUUUGGCCCUCUCCGUCCCUUGUCUGUGAGCCCCGUGUCUCCUCUGGCUCUCCGGGCACGGCACAGCCUUUGUUGCAUGUUUUGCUUCCUAUGAGCCCUGAAUUAGCCACACGAUUAGAUCCACACAAUGCACACAGGCAUAAAAAAGGAAGCAAAAAAACAGAGCCAGCUACUGCGUUCGUGUUAGACAGAGCUGUUGUUAGUAAUAUUUGGUAUUUACAUGUGCACUACAUGACAUCUGCAGACUGCAGCUCAUUAUGUUUUAUAAAUCAAGUGGAGCUUUAAAUGUGUUUGGAUUCACUGUUUUGCAGCUGUUCUCAACACUUAAAGGAGAAUUUUUGAAACGCAGUGUUUGACAGACUGAACUAAACACACUACUUUCCUCACAUGCCUGUUUUCCUUCAUUUUAGUUUCGAGCUCAAUGUUUGAAGGGUACACUGUAGGUCAACAUACAGCUAAACCUAAACAUAAUGUCUUUUUAAUUCCUUCUAUCAUAGCCAAAAUAAAAUUGCAAAAAUUGCUCCUUCUCUGCUCUGAUGUUGAUCCACUUAUCUUUUUAAAAUCAAGAGCUCAUCGUUUCGUUUCUUAUAGCUUAUGUAUCGUAUUAAUUUCUGAGAAAAUCGUAGCAAUAACAAGGUUAGAUUUGAUCAUGUUUCAAAGUAAUGCGCAAGGUAAUGGGUUUAGUUUUAUGCCAAGGAAAGUUUGCAGGUUUGUAAGAUGUCUCAGGGGGAAACCCAGGAGGCUAAAAUGCAUCUUAGUCACUGCAGCACUCACUGCUGCUCAUUGACCUUAUUUUUCUCUCUCUGAACAGUCAUUUUGAGAAUUUCACAAACACUGACUUUAAACUAAGACACUGUUCGACUAGAGUUCAGUAUAAAAUCAACCUUGAACCAUUCAAACGUGUAUAAUUCAUCUCCUUUGUGUAUAGAGAUGCACUGAUCCAUAUUUUUCUGAUCCAAUCUAAAACCUAUACCUGGGCUGAGCGUUUCGGCUGAUAUCAGAUACCAAUCCAAUACUACUGUUGAAGGAAUGAACUGUAUACCUUGCCCUGUGAGUGAAGGCAUCAGGCUUGACAUUAGCCUUGUUAAAAAAAAAAAAAGGUAACAAAUUAACACAGACAAUAAUUAACUUAAUAUUAUUUGUUAACAAACGACAAACUGCACAUUAGCACACAGCAAAAAGAAGUAAGACUUCCAUGGAAAAAUUUAGUGCAAAAGGAUAGACAGACAUAGAAUAUAGAGCGAACAGAAUCACUGUGUUGCUGUGUAUGAUAUUAAUUAAGAGAAAAACUCCAGUUAAUUUGUCAAUAUCGGGGCCGAUAUCUGAUCCAAAUAUCGGAUUGGUGCAUCCCUAUUGGUGUAUGGUGCAAAUCCAUACUUUGGUGAUUGUGUGUCAACAGAAAAGCUUUUUAUUCAGUGAUGUUAAAAUUACUGUAGUCCUUGAGGAGUAAACAAAAGUCAGGUAUCCAGUCUGAAGUGCACAGACUCAGAGGAGCAGCAGCGUUCAGGCACAACAAACAAAACAGACUGACUGACUACACCUCCAUUUUUAAAGCAUUUUUUUAGGUUUUGCCUCUUUUACUGAAGGAAAGAUAAUCCAUAAUCUGUGACAGGCUGAUAUUUUGAGAUUUAGUCUUAAUAUGCAAAGGGAGGGGAAUGUCCAGGACCUGGGAAAGAGUUUUUUCUUCCCUUCAAGCUGCAGGUAUAAAUGACAGGCUGAAGAGACACCACUCCUUUCUUUUACUUAGAAAUAAGAAGUCAUCUUAACACUUCAUUGAGAUGGGGGAGAUGACUAAACUUGCUUUGAUUGUAAGAUAUCUCAAUGUUAGGAAAUUGAAGAUCACACUUUCGCUCUGUCUGCGUGUGUGUGUAUUUUUUUUUUCCAGUUUUUCUCUUUGUCUCAAUGCUUCGCCUUAAACUGCUCAUCUCUUUGCUUUGAUGCCGCCACCCUCAACUCUCCCUCACAUUGCCCGGGCUGUGCUGGAGAUCCAGGAGAAACUGUGAUUCCAGUCUGUACAUGAAACGAGAAUCCCUGCACAGUCUCAUUAUUAUGAUGACUUUGUUCACAUCUCAUGUUCUUUUUCUAUCUCCUUUUAUAAUAUCUCUGCCACCCCCCAUCUCUCCCCUUUAUUCUUUCCAAGAGAGAGUAAUUAACAUAACUGGUAGCUCCUUCAUGCUGUGCUGCGUGUGUGUGUGUAAGAGAGGGAGAGCAUGUGUGUUAUCCUAUUAUAUCAUUUCAGAUGUUAAUUUCAUCUUUUUUUCAUUGUUAUUUUAUAUUUGUUUUUGGCGCCAGCUCUUUGUCGGUUAUACUCUUAGUCGACUCGUGCAUGGAUGAUUGGCGUUGGAGUAUAGUGACAAUUGUUUCGGUAUUUGUUCGACAUUUCUUAAGAUAAUUGCAGGAUUUUUGUGUAAGAAUAAUGGAUUAUGGAUUCACAGUUUGUCUCUUAGUGUGAGAAAAUCGAUUGUGAGUCUGAGGAUGUUGACGUGGUAGGGGUUGAAAUGUUUUCGCAACACCACAUCACUUUGAUUGCGCAUUUUAUUUGAAAUGAAUGAGGUGAGGAAGAAAACAAACAAUUCACUUCAUCAAUGUUGGCCUUGUCUCUUUGAUGAAUAGCUUUUGCUGUGCAUUCUCUGCUCACGAUAUUGGCAAAUUAUUGCUCACUUAUGUUCUCUCUUCUGGUCUCUUUUCCUCGUCUUUCUCUCCAUCCAUCCACAUUUUCGUCUUCCCAUUUCACUCCUCCUUUCCCCCCUGCUGUGCCUACCUUGAUCUGUACCAUCUACGCAGGUGCUGACCUUUUCUCCAACUGCACGGAGGAGUGCAAGGCCUUGGGUCACUCUGACCGCUGCUGGAUGCCGUCCUUUGUGCCAUCUGAUGGGCGCCAGGGUCCGGACUACCGCAGCAACCUGCACGUACCCGGCAUGGACGCCACUUUGCCCGACACUGAGGUACCCUCCUCCGUCAACCUUUCCAACCAACUCACCAUGACCUCGUCCACCGUCUCGACCACCGAUAGGUCAUUCUCCACCUUUGGCAAGGACGGUCAAAGGUCACAGUCACACCACAGCCUUCACCAUCACCUCCAUCAGCAACAACAGCAGCAGUACAGCUCCAGCACGCUAGAGAGGAAAGAGUAUGAUAGGGGGACCCUACCGUACAAACCCACCUUUCUCUGUGAGUAUCAGUAUGAAAGUUCCCUGGGACCCUAUGACUUUGGUCUGGUCCAGUACAGAUACUAAAGGAGGGGACGUUCAAUCUGCCUCUUGAUUCUGAUCUGGACUUUUUAUGUUGUUCAUCAACCUUUACUUCUUCGAUUUAUAAGGAGUACAAACAUUCAGACUUUUGUUUUGUUGAAUUGCUUUUUUUUAUGUUGAUAUAUAUUUUUGUGUUUUGUAUAAAAAAUGUAAUCUAUUAUUGCUAAUACUUUCUUCAAAACCAACUUUGAAUUCCAUAAUCUACCCCCCACCCUAAGUCUAAAAUGUUUGUUAAGAUGUGAUUGAUUAAAUAAACUCAAUUGGGAUUAGAGUCGCUGAAAGCUGUUGUGGCCACGUCUUUUUUUUUCUUUUCUUUAUUCAUUGUCUCUAAAUUUCCCCCAAACUCCUUCCCAACUGGCCUUUUUUUCUGAUGCUCAUAUUAGUAAAGGUCACCACUAGAAGCACCUACACACUCUGCCGUCACCAUGUUCACAGACUGUUAAAUUAGGACACAUUCAGAAGGCUUAGAGAGGGUGUACGAGAAGGACCAUUUCAUGUUGCAGAGAGGCCAUUUUAUCCAUUUUCUCAACCACCAGGGAUCUGAUCGGCUACAGUGACUUCUCUACUAUGAUGUGUCUUUUUUCUCACCUGCCCUGAAGUUCAUUUGAUCCUAAAAAGGAGCUCUCCAGUAUGCUUACUCUUGAAUUAAUGCCUGACAUAACAAAAGAUGAAUGAGAUGAUGACCCUGAGGUCACAGUUUGAAAAGCAAGCACCCCACUUCAAGAACAGGACACCCAGAAUAGCUGGAGGUAUUAAUUUGGUAAACUAAAUUUGAGUGUCGAACCUGCACCUCUGCAGGAGCAGAAUGGGAUUCUUCAGAAAAGGAUGGCAGGAUAUGUCUUUCCCCUUUCAACUGCUUUCCAAGCUCCACAUUACAUGAAUAAUCUAUUAGCUCUAAGAGUAGGGAAUGGAUUCAAUAUACACAUUCAGUGGAGAAGUCAUUUCCAGUCAAGUCACCACCAUGUUAACCACCAUCCUCCAUGAUACUGCAUGCCGACUGUGAGCUGUCUCCCAGGUAAACGAUGAGCUCUGUAACCUGCCUACUUUCUCCCUGUUUGCGACUUGGCAAGCAAUUUUCCUCUUGCACAUCAGGUCUGUGUGAAAAAUAAUUUGUAUUUAGCCUUAAGGUGGUGGAGCCUGCUUUGCUCCAAAUAUAGCAGCCUGCGCGUCUGCUCAUCUCGUCUGCCUCAGAGGGUUAGAAUAAAUGCACUUCAUAUUCGCUCAGCCUAAAACCUGCAACUUUUUAUAUUUCAUUUUACUUUUUUGAUUUACAAUUUUCCUCUGCCUUUCUUGGUUAGUUGAAAUAAACUGACCCCAUGCUUCCCUAGCAAAGAAGCUAUUCAUCAGUCCAGAGUAAAAAAGGUGAGAACAGCCCCAGAGGCUGAGGCUCGAUUAACCAACAGGCAUCAUGUUCUGCUCUAAAAUAGCACCGUGCGCUACUACCCACUCUGAUCACCAGGGUUGCCUUGAUAAAGGGUUUAUAAAUGUUUAAUGAUUCAUUUAUGGAUAAUUAAUGAAGCAAUUAGUGGUCUGUGUAUGCAUGCAUUAUGGAGCCUCAAAAUUUUAACAUUUAUCUUCCCUGAUGGACGUGUUUUUACACAAUUCCCAAAUUAGUUUUACCGUUACACUGCUAGACCAGCCGUAAAGGUAUACAGAUGACUCCUUAGAGAGAGCUUAGUGGCAUGUAUCCUUCUGCAGAUGAUUUUUCAAGCCGACUGUGUCUCAAGAAGUCUCAAGGGACAAAAUGCCAUUUGUCUUAACGAGUGUGUUCUCUGUCUUUCCAGCCCGCAAAAGGAUUUGCUAGCUCGUUCCAUGUGGACCUGUCGGAGACAGCGUGAAUUUCUGUACUAGACCACCAACACUGAUGAUAGAGACAGCGAAAUAAAACUAAACAAACAGCGACCUGGACACAGCAACCUUGGUUAAGCUUCAUUAUCUGGGGUGGCGAGCUGUAACAAAGCCUUGGCAGUGGCUGCCGAGGGAGGAGAAAAAGCGUAAAUACUGAGUAGCCGUAAAGCUCUAGAUAUUUGAGGAGCAAUCCAAGGCCUUAUUCUUCUCAGCAGGACUGAGAUCAGGGCCACAACACUUGACAUGUGGAAAUUAUUAAGUCAUCAGCAGAAACGAAGAACUGACACGAGCAGGAGUACAAAACGAGAAGACGAGGGACCGAUUUACAAUGUGGUGUUUUUUUGGGGGCGGGGGUCUUUUGGACAUUUUGGAGUUAAGCUCUAGAAAUCUGUGUGUGCCUGUUUACAUGAAGAAAAAAACAAAAAACUACUGUUUCUGUACAAACCUCAACCAAUGUUACACAGAACCCUUUACCUACAGUAUUUCUACGGUCACCACUAAGCCAACUGUACAGAGACUCGGGAGGAGGGGGACGGAGGGGGAGAGAGAGGAUUAGACGAACAGAGGGAGGAUCAGUGCAGGUGUUGUACAGGUGUAAAAUGACAUUACAAAAGAAGUGGAGGGAACAAGCAGCGAUGAUGUGCAGUACUAUAAAUCCGUAACUCUGUUAUUUUAUUUUCUACUUGACUGUCUUUAUAUAACUUCUUUUUUGUUUCAGUUGUUCUUUCUAUGUGGUUACAGUGUGCAGACUCUAACAUAUUCCAACUAAUCGUUACAGACAGGAACACGAGGUUCUCCAGACAGGUUCAGUCCUUUUUCAAGUUUAGCCACUUCAGGAAGGAGAUUCUGACAAACACUGUGUAGAAAAAAAGGAAAAAAAAAAAAACCUUCAAUGAAACCAAUGUUACGUUUUUACAAUAAAGUAUCGCAAAUGUGAAUUUUCUCAUUUCUAAACUAGUGACUAUAAGCUUUGAAAUCCUUCCUGAGCUGACUGCAGAGAAAGUGAAAUGACCCUUUACCAGGAUGUAGUUCUCGCCAUUGGCCUAUACAUAAACAAUCAGACACACUCAGUGGUUUUAUCAUGUGUGCAAAGUGUUUACUGUGCUAUUUUUAAAGCGUAUAUAUAAAUAUAAAUCUAUAUAUAACUAUAUAUAUCAAUAUAUAAAUAUAUAUAAUAUACUUUUUUUCUGAAAACUGUGUAAACAUUGGUUAGUUUCUACACCUCCUCAUGUCAUUCAAUCUAAUAAUACCAAGUGCUACAAUAUCGAGACACCAUUUCAGAUAAGGGGGUGCUGAGUCAGCAGAAAAAAAACAACACUUUAACACCAACCAAGGAUUAAGUUGAUGUUUCUUCUUUGAUUGUUACUUUUCACUGUUUACAGACGCUGGGCCUUGUUGUGUGUAGCAAAGACACCAGUUGAGUUUUUUGGCCUGUUGUGUAUUUUUAAUAGCAGAAUCUGUGUUCAUGUACAGGAAGGAGCUAGAUAUCAACAGGUUUUUACAAUCAACUAAGAGAGGGACAAACAUAGAUAAUUGUGGACAUAAUCAGUUAGUACAUGGUGAGGUGCUAAGUAUUGCACACGUGCACACUCACACAUGCACAGCCACACACACACACACACACACUUACACACACAUACACACACACAGGUCGAGUGGUGAUGAAUAAAAAAGUGUCAUUAAGGUCCCUUAGUGUGUGUUUUGUUGCAUUUACUUUAUCAUGAUAUCAUGUUACUGAUCAAAGGAGAAGAGCCUGUGGCAAUGCCAGCAGAGGCUGUGCAACCCCCCAGGGUAACCAUGCCUAUUGGACACAGUUUAUGCACUGAUGCUGAAUUAAGGCAGUAAGAAUGCGUACCGUGUUAUGAGCUUGGCAUGUUUGCAGAGGAGCAUUUGCUAAUUAGUUUGAUGCUUAACACGAAUACAAAAGCAUAUGGAAAUUAAAAAAAAAUAUGCAGGAAUUUUGUCAUGUACCUAAGUAUUGCUCAAACUGACUUGAUUGCGGC